AGGAGGCGCCCUGGGGAAGGUUAAAGGGAGCAGAGCGCGGGUCGGGGUGCAGAGCCGAGGGGCCUCGGGCUGUGUGCGGACAGGUAGACGGAACGCGGAGGGCAGCUGUGCGGGGGCACCGAGGAGCACAGGGUGUGGGGUCCUGUCGAGAGACGGGCGCCCGUCGGAGUCUUGCCGAGAGGCAGCUCCCAAGUCAAUACUGAGACCUGAGAUGUGUCCAGAGACACCCUGAAGAGGCCGAGCGACUAAGGAACCCGGGGGCACCCACAGGAAGAUUCCUGAAGCUGACUGGGUGCCACAGAGGAUCUACCUGUUAUUUGAUACAGGAGGGCUUUGGAACUGGUCAGUGAACACUUGAGUAUUUGGCCUAUGGAGAAGUCCCUGAAGUAGCCAUCUUUACUGGAGCCUGCUGAGGGAAGAACACCCAGCCAGUCACAAGAGCAUCCUCCAGUUCUUUGCCCAUUUGGAUCCCUGUUGCUAUGGAGACCACCAACGGGACCGAGACCUGGUACGAGAGCCUGCACGCAGUGCUGAAGGUUCUAAAUGCCACUAUUCACAGCAACUUGCUCUGCCGGACAGGGCCAGACAGCCUGUCUGAGGGGCGGAGGGCCAACCUACCUGGCCGUGAUGACAACUCCUACAUGUACAUUCUCUUCGUCAUGUUUCUAUUCGCUGCCACCGUGGGCAGCCUCAUCCUGGGAUAUACCCGCUCCCGCAAAGUGGAUAAGCGCAGUGACCCCUACCAUGUGUACAUCAAGAACCGUGUGUCUAUGAUCUGAGGCUACGGGGCUGGGAAGGGCAGCAUAUCAAGACACCAGAACCCAGUUAUGGACCACAUCAGGCCUCAUUGUCCCCAUCUGUAAGAUCAACGAGAAACAGUCCUAAGGGAGGUCAUCAUUAGAGUGGGAGGAGAAGGGCUGGCAGAGCUGCGCCUUAUGGAUAAAGAUUUUUUUCCCCCAGUAAGGGUAGACUGUAUAGACAAUGGGAGCCCCGUGAACAAAUAUAUAGAAGUAGCAAAAGAUAAUAACCAAUAAUUGGCCCAGUGGCUGGAGUACUGGGGGUUAGGGGCUAGAGACUGGAGGAAGGAGAAAAGGAAAUUGUAGCAAAGGGAGAUGAAACAGGAAGAUGCACUGAGGACACAUUUUUUAAAAAAAGAUGUUAUGUAUUUGAAAGAGAGGCAGAGAUAAAGCACAAGCAGAGGGAGGGGGCAAAGAGGGAGGGGAGAAGCAGGCCCCCCACUGAGCAGGGAGCCUAACCCGGGCUAGAUCCCAGGACCCUGAGAUCAUGACCCCAGCCAAAAGCAGACAUUUACCUGACUUAGCCACCCAGGCACUCCUGAGGACACAUUUUUUGAUGUGUUAUCUUCAACGACCAUGAAGAACAGCAGUGAUUAUAGCAUCACAGAUAAGAGUCUGAGUAAGGUGACUUAUUUAUAUUUGUUCACAUUUUAUGUGUUCCAAGAUAUUUAACAUUUGUGAUUUUCCCCCCUGUGAGGGAAGCAAAGUAAGUACAAUUCUGGCCAUUUGGGCAAGAGCAGGACCAUAGGACUGGAACCCAGGAACUCUGGUUUCCUUGCCUACCACUUUUCAAAACUGCACCACACAAGACAGGAUCCAGGCCUGAAAUGUCUGCAAUUUCUGGGGGCCCUCCUUAAGAAAAGUAAUUUGAAAACAUCCUGCUUUUGCAAAUGACAAACACACAUCACCAUGUGAAUACAUGACUAGGACCCCCCCUCCUAAGAUCCUAAGGAGUGACGUGUUUCAGCUCCAUGGGUCAUGUGCCUCUCCGGCCGUGUGGCGGCGCCCUUCCCAGCCACAUCUCCAGGCAUUCCCUCUAACACAGCCUCUUCUGAUUUGUUGAAGUUCUGUGAGAAGUUUUCUGAUACCAAAUUGAAAUCUUCUAGAAGAUUACCAUCACAUCUAGAAGAUUACCAAAUUAAAAGGAGGUUGUGCAAGGCAGGUAUCCAUCUGGUUCAGUGGAAGGAUUCUGGUACGUAACGAGCUGGUUACUUCUCUCUUUGAUCUUUCUUCCUCUUCCGAAAUGGAAUAGUUAAGACUUGAAGGUCUCUAAGGGCUCUACCAGUUCCGACAUUCUGGGCAUCACAGCUAUUGGGUUAAAUCAUAAAAUUGUGUUUGUAGGUCAAAAAGCAGCAAUCAGUGGUUUUCAUAUGGUUCGGUCUCAUAUGUGCAAUGCGGCGAGUGAAUCCUCUACAAGCUACAAAUCCCAGACUGGGACCUCCCACUGUUCUGUUUGAUUCUAUUUAAGGGAUCUACAUGGGUUCUCCAGAAGGCCCUAUUGAAACAUACAAAUUUGUAUAUAUCAAAAACUCUGAAAGAAUAUUUUAAUUGCCAUUAUCUCUGAAGAGAAGGACUGUGGGUGAUUUCCCCUUUCUACUUAAAAAAUUUAUGUAAUACUUGAGUUAUUUGACCAUAAGUAUGUUGCUUGUACAAUAAGGGGAGGGGGACGCUACUUCCACUUUGAAAAAUAAAAAUAAAUGCCUAUGUGUUUCUUGA